UGGGUUUUCACCUGUUGUGUCUUUCUCGAAUUGACGGCUUUUUGCUAUAAUUCAAUCCUCUCCCUGUUGGUUUCUGAAUUUUCGCGAUUUGUUCCCAGAAAGUCUCUUUUCUGGCGCUCCAUUCUUUAAUUACCACCUUCGCGCGCCAACCCACCUUUUUUUUUCUCUUUUUGUUGUUGUUGUUGUUGUGGUCGUCCCACACAAAAACCGACGGCGACAUCGCUAACUCGUCACACAGACAAUACUGUACGCAGACCUCGAGUCCUCAUUACAGUACUUGAGCGGGUGCAGCAUUCCUCGUGCCACCUUUAAAUCACUCUCGCGGGAACGCCCUCUUCUGCGGGGGAAAAACAGUCAAAAUUAACCAAGCCUUCUCAGUAUCUUGGCCUUUUUACGUUGUCAAAGCUUGGCCGCUUGGCCGCUUGGCCAUCUUCAAGACCACUCCCCACAAACCUUUUACUUUUGGUUGGCUAUUUCGCUGCUACCAGUCCGCAGGUCGAGUAUCAGAAGCUUCGGGUCUACUUCUAGAGCGCAUCCCACUGGUCUCGGCCGGUCGGUUGCCAGCAUAAACCAAGCAACCAUGACCUGGGAACAUCUCUCCAUCACCAAGCCACACCUGGUGUACAUCAUCCUGGGUGGCUUCACAUCCCUCUUCAUGCUAUGCUCCUCCUUCAUCAAGGAGCGCAUGUAUAUUGGUGAGGCAACAGUUGCGACACUCUGCGGCCUCAUAUUUGGCCCUCACGCUGCUAACCUCAUCAACCCGCAAUCAUGGGGAAACGUUGACAUCGUCACCAUUGAGUUCUCACGGAUAGUACUCGUGGUCCAAUGUUUUGCUGUCGGCGUCGAAUUGCCCAAGUUUUACAUGGAGCGACACUGGAAAUCGGUCAUUUUCCUCUUGGUGCCCGUAAUGACCUUUGGCUGGUUGAUUACUAGCGUGGUUAUCUGGUGGAUGAUCACUCCCCUGUCAUGGCUAGAGAGCCUGGUCAUUGCAGCAUGUGUGACUGCCACCGAUCCUGUCCUGGCCUCUUCGGUUGUCGGCAAGGGAAAGUUUGCGAAAAGGGUACCCAAGCAUCUGCGGGAUCUACUCUCAGCCGAGUCAGGAUGCAAUGAUGGCAUGGCCUUUCCAUUUGUCUACCUUGCAUUAUACCUGAUUCAGGACCACAUGGACGCCAAGGACGUAACUUUUCACUGGUUUGUCUUCACCAUCCUCUAUGAGUGCGUUUUUGGCGCCGUCUAUGGCUUCUUGGUCGGUUAUCUUGCUCGUCACGGGAUCAAAUAUGCCGAGAGACACGAUCUCAUCGAUCGGGAGAGCUUUUUGGUCUUCUACUUCGUUCUGGCCCUCUUUUGCGCAGGCUCGGGUAGCAUCCUGGGUAUCGACGAUCUUCUUGUCGGCUUCGCUGCCGGAGUGGGUUUCUCUAACGAUGGUUGGUUCGGCCAAAAGACCGAGGAGUCCCAUGUCUCCAACGUUAUCGACCUGUUACUCAAUCUUACAUACUUCGUCUAUUUCGGCACAAUCAUCCCCUGGGAAAUGUUCAACAAUGCCGAGCUCGGCCUUGACGCAUGGAGGCUGGUUGUGAUUGCCAUUUUCAUCCUUCUGUUCCGCCGAAUCCCUAUCAUGAUGGCACUGAAACCGCUGAUACCGGACAUCAAAACAUGGCGAGAGGCUCUGUUUGCCGGUCACUUCGGGCCCAUCGGUGUCGGUGCCAUCUUCGUCGCCAUUCUUGCUCGAGCCGAACUUGAAUCGGAAACGCCGGUACCGCUCUCUGAGUUGCCACCGCCGGAUUCCCCACAUUAUACUCUCAUCACGCUCGUGUGGCCCAUCGUAGCCUUCCUCGUGGUUACCUCCAUAAUUGUCCAUGGGUCUUCCGUCGCAGUCUUCACGCUCGGAAAACACAUCAACACAUUGACCUUGACCAUGUCAUAUACUACAGCGCCGGAAGAUGGACCAUCAUGGAUGAACAGGCUGCCUAGAAUCACGUCGCAGUCCAGAUCGCAGGCGAGGACCAUGUCGGAUACCGAUACUGAUGAGCCAAAGAUGCCCGAAUAUCCACCCGGAACUCUGCCCCCAAUUGGAUUCCCCGGAAAUUUCUUGCGUCGUGUGAGAGAUGACGAGAAGGAUGACUCUGGCAGACAGACACGACGUGCUUCGUCAACCGGAAGAAAGAGGCGCAGCAGUAGGAAGAGGUGGGAUGACGGAAUCGGGCCGGGAGGACCAAUCUCAGAGUCCGCCAUCUUCCCGCGGCGUACCGAGAGCGACAUGCUUAAUGCCCCCGAGACACAGGAGGACUCCAAGACCUUGCCUUCUCACAACGACUCGUCGGAUCAAACCCAUGUUGGGGGCCAGAGUGGUGGUCAUUCUGAGAAUGAUUCGCAAAAGACAGAGACUCGCCCAGGAUCAGGGAACGGCGGGCAGGAAAAUGACAGAAGCCGCCAGGAAUCCGCAGUGCGCCUCUAUAGCGAGGGAGAUCACCUGAUAAUAGAGAACAGAGAUGGAGAUGUUAUUGCGCUUGACCCACAAACCGAGGAAGGUGGAGCGCAGUCACAUGUCGGUGUUGAUGGGCAAGAAGCAGCAUCUGGUUGGUCCGCGAUCAAGAAGAGGCUGGGUAACUGGCGAGACGAGGAGAUUCAGAAGCGUAAUAGGGGCACAGAAAAGACAAAGAAGCAUGCUCCUGCGCGGGCAUAUCAAUUUGGAAAUACGAUCAUUGUCGAGGAUGAGGAUGGUGAAGUUUUGAAAAAGUACGAAUUGCCGUCAGGGAAGUCAGAGAAGGAAGGCGGAGGAGACCUGGUGUCACAAAGCCUGAAGAAAAUGGGUAUUGGAUCCAAGCAAAAGGGCGCCGAACCUCCAAACGACAAUGCCCCAGCACAGGCAGAUGGAGCACCAUCCAGCAGAAAUACCAGGCCCACGCAAAGGUCGAGGAAGAAGAGCUCGGCAGCUGAGGAGGAGGACGAGGAAGAUGACAGGAACAUCCGCUUCAAAAUCGGCGGCGUUGGUCAACGCAUGACCAAAGACGACUUCAUCAGGGAAAUGCGCAAGUUGGACAAGAGCACCCGUCGUGAGGUCGUUGACCAGUCGUCAGCCUCGGUAGCGGUUAAGGCACUGGCUAAUCAGGAACGACGUCCGGAAGACUCACCGAAGGUUGACGAGAGCCCCCGCGACUUCGGAGGGAGCCGGGCCAUCUUAGAGCCAUCUAAACCGGCCCAAGCAGAGGCGGCAUCACGUAGUGGAGACCGAGAACAAGACGGCGAGACAGCUGCCGAGCGGAGACGACGGCUGUCGGUACUGAAACACAUGAAGUCGGACGAUACCAAUGAGAACACUGAGACACCGGCAGAAAGGCGAAGACGCGAAGCUGCGCUGGGAAUAGGCCCCAGUGAUCAGGUGGCUGAGGCGGACAGCGACGACGAGGAUGGCUCACCGAGGGAACCCUCUGCAAGGCGAGGAAUCCGUUUCGCCGAGCCUACCAGAGGCAACAAAUGAGUGUGGAUAGUCUAUCGGAUGACGAGCAGUGCUUGGUGGAUGUCUUCCGUAAAAGCGCAGCCUCAGAUGAGUUAGCGUCAGU